CUUGACCUUUUUUCGCGGCGGUUCUUCAACCUCUGAUGAAAGCUCACACUCGAGGGAAUCAUCAAGAUUGUUACGUUUUCGGGUUGGAGCCCCGCAAGCAGCAACCUUGUAAGCAGCAGUUACUCAUCUUGCGGUCCUAUUGUUGAAAGCUUGUGAAAGUUUGAAACGAGGAGAGAUAUCUGCAGAGAAGUCUUUUUGUGAACUCUCCACGAGUAGGUGUCAUAUCUCGACUUUCGGAGCAUAAUUAAUCGCUGAAAGAACUGGUGGUUAUUAACGGAUACUUUCUAUCUCUCGAUCAUGCCCAUGGGGGUGCCCUGUAUCUCUCGAUCAUGCCCCUGGGGGUGCCCUGGGGACCCACAUGGGUGUGAUGGAGACUUGAUCCAGAUCAUGAUGUAGUUCCUCUGGAGUUGGGUUAUUCUCGCUUUAGAAGGAUAGUUUUGGUAAUGACUCGAUCCUGAUUUGGGUUGUUCUUUGGGUUGUCCAGCCAGCUAUUUGUUGUGGUGGCCGUCGUCGAUGUGCUUUGUUCAUUGCGGGCCAUUGUCGAAGAGAUUAAUAAAAAAUGGAUCUCAAACGUGGGUGGGUGGCCAGAUUGAGGCCGGCCGGAUCAGUCGUGGCUUGAGAAUGAUUGGCCAAAAAGCGAUCACAAAUUCAAAAAGCAAGCAACUCAACACCCACCACAACAGCAUUCAGCAUAAGAAAGCACGGGACCGCCAGACACAACCCCGCACGCUGCAGUCUUUGGCGGUGCCAGAGUUGGGAGUAAAUCAGUUUCCUCCCUGGCCGACGGCCCAGCCAUGUGGGAGCCAAUACCAAUGACAAAGCAAGCAGAAAUCGAGUACGAUGGAGGCCUUGACAUGUGGGAACCAAUCGCAUUAGAAGCACCCGCCAAGCCAGUUAUUGGUGAAUCGAGAGCCCCACCCUCCGAAUCUGAGACAGGAGAAGCACCCAAAGAAAUGUCGGAUCCUCUGGUGGACGCCGUAUCGAGUGAGACGGAUUCGGAACCCACAACCGAAGACUCCGACCCGCCCAAGGAAAAAGGAAAAACAACCGAGCCGACAGAAAGCUGCACCGAUGAAGACGAGGACACGCGGGAGCCAAUCUCUAACGAACCAGUGUUUCCCAAUCCAGAGCAAGCAGUAGAAUCGCCGACCGGGACGGGGCUUUUGGAAACAAUCAAAACAGUCAUGACCCCACUCGGCUACCAAUACAACUCUCCAGAGGAAGGCAAUGAUCCGAGGCUGGAUUACAUUGUCAAAACAUGCGGCGUCACGCGUCAAGUGAUGUUGUUUGUGAACGAGGAAACGAACGUAUUCCAAUACUACAUGGGUCUUCCGGUUUAUGUUCCGGAAGACAAACGCAACGAUGUGGCCGUUUACUUGACGUACGUGAACUACGAUACGUAUAUGGGAAGCUUUGAAAUGAACAUGGACGAUGGGGAGAUUCGAUUCAAGAACUAUUACAAACUGGCGGAAGGCGACGGGCUUUCCACCGAAAUGGUACAAGAAGUGUUCGAUUCUUCCGAGGAGAGGAUGGAAACUUUCUUCCCAGGGCUGAUGGCAAUCUUGUACACAGGGAAGGACCCUCAAGAGGCGUUCAAUGAUUGCUUUGAAACAGGGGACGAGGCAGAAGAGGAGUGGGGCGACGAAGGAGGAGCGGACGACGGAGAAGUUGAAGAGGACCACACCCGACUUGCUCAGUAGCUCAACUGGAAUAAGAUAGACAAAGGUCAACAAGCAUAAGAUAGACAAAGGACAGGCACUGUUGCCGGUACCGGUGUGCUAGUAACAAGUUGCACGAGACUUUGUCACCAUACGCACGCAGCGUAAAACGAGGUUAAUGGGGAGAGUUACAAUAUGGGUUAGAGAGGAUGGGGACAGAGAGGGGAGGGCACGAACGAGGUGAUCAAUUUUGUGCAUUCACGUACCAUUACUGGUACCGUACCGGUACCGUACCGUUAUACCGGUGCCAUACCAGUAUCCAGUGGGAAUGAAUGACAUUUGAGGAGAAAUCUGAGAUUUAAAGAAUGAAAAAGUAGGUGUUCUGACGUUCUGA